CCGCCCCUCCAGGCAGUCCUCGCUUCUCCACCGGGAACCUUUCCUCAGCCGCGGCUUCGCCUCCCCGCCGGGGCGUAGCUGUGCGGGCUGCGGAGCUCCCGCGACCCAGAAACACUCGGGCACGGGCGGAGCGGCGGGUCGGUGUAGCUGCGCCAUGGCCGCGUCGGCCUGGUGCUGCCUGCGCUGCUGCAGGGACGGCGGGACCGGCCACAUUCCCCUCAAGGAGAUGCCGGCCGUCCAGCUGGACACGCAGCACAUGGGAACAGAUGUCGUCAUUGUGAAGAAUGGAAGAAGAAUCUGCGGCACCGGAGGUUGUUUAGCCAGUGCGCCUCUGCAUCAGAACAAAAGCUACUUUGAGUUCAAAAUCCAGUCUACUGGAAUCUGGGGUAUAGGUGUUGCAACUCAGAAAGUUAACUUGAACCAGAUUCCUCUUGGCCGCGACAUGCAUAGUCUGGUGAUGAGAAAUGAUGGAGCCCUGUACCACAACAAUGAAGAAAAAAACAGACUGCCAGCAAACAGCCUUCCUCAGGAGGGAGAUGUAGUGGGUAUUACAUAUGACCAUGUAGAAUUAAAUGUGUAUUUGAAUGGGAAAAACAUGCAUUGUCCAGCAUCAGGUAUACGAGGGACAGUGUAUCCAGUUGUAUAUGUUGAUGACAGUGCAAUUUUGGAUUGCCAGUUCAGUGAAUUUUAUCAUACUCCUCCACCUGGUUUUGAAAAAAUAUUGUUUGAGCAGCAGAUCUUCUGAAUGUGUUUGUUUUCAAAACUUGCACCUCUGCACCACCACACAAGCGUUCACCACUUAAUAAAGCUCUCCCUGAUCUAGAGAUGAGAACACAUUCUGGAAAUUUCUCUUCUUACUGUUGUCUAAGGGACCCGUGUAUUCAUCAUACCAUACUGAAGUUGGAUUUAAAAUGUCUAGGCAUUGUGAUAGAAAAAUCAGCAUUUGGGGCCUCUUAUUUAAUCUUAUUUAAACUAAUAAACCAUGGGUUUGAUUAACAGUAUUACGUGGUAACAUGUAUAUAAAUAUUUAAAGGGAUUUUUCUUAUAUAAAGUAUUUGUUUGACAGUAAUGUGUAAUUGAGUGAUUUUUUUUUGUCAUUCUGAGCUUGAGUCAUCACAUCUGUAAGCCAAUAAUUUUUUGUCUCCUUGUCUUUUUUGAUAAAUUGAACUGGCAGUAACUUAUAUACCUUGCAGCUUAGCUUUGCUAACAUAUUUCCUCUGUUUCAUGGACCACUUUUCUUAAAACAACCUGCUUCUUUUGCUGUGUUAUAUCACUGCUUUCUGUUGCCUUUUUGAAAGGUGAGAAACUCUAGUUAUUAGACCAUCUUGUUGAAAACUAUCAAGCUGAGUAAGAAGUGGUUGAUUGUAUGUAGUACACUGGCAGGCAUUUACAAGAGUUAUGAUGCUUUAAAUCUGAAUGAGCCAAGUGUGGUGGCACACAGCACCUGGGAGACAGUUUGAGGCUAGCCUGGUUCAUAUACUAAGUAUGAAUACCAAGGCAACAAGGACUAUGUAGGGAGACCCUAUCAAAAAAAAAAUCUAAUUGUAUAUUUGCUGUAAGGAAUAAUAAACACUUAUUAAGGAUUA